AUGUCAGGUUGGGACGAAGGUGGUGUAUACUACAGUGACCAGGCACACUCCUGGGACGACGGCCGUGGUGAAACGGAAGCCACCGUCUCCAACCACACCAUCCUCCAAAAAUUCAAGGAGUUCAUUCGAAACUUCGAGACUGGGAACAAUGUUUUCCCUUACAGAGAGAGUCUUCUCAAUAACCCUAAGCUCCUCGUUAUCGAUAUGGAAGAUCUCAACUCUUUUGACCCCGAUCUUCCUUCUAAGCUCCGAUCUGUUCCCGCCGAUAUCCUCCCACUGUUUGAAACUGCGGCGGCUCAGGUUUUGGUGAAUUUGAAAACUAAAGUGGCUGGAGAUACUGGAGGGAUGGAAGAUGCUGCACCCGGUGAUGUUCAGAUUCUCCUUACUUCUAAGGAGGAUUCCGUCUCAAUGAGAUCGCUUGGGGCUCAAUACAUUUCAAAACUCGUUAAAAUUGCUGGGAUAACUAUUGCUGCAUCCAGAACUAAGGCUAAGGCUACAUAUGUCACUUUGAUAUGUAAGAAUUGUAAGAAAGGGAAGCAAGUUCCGUGUCGGCCUGGACUUGGGGGAGCUGUUGUUCCUCGUUCAUGUGAUCAUAUUCCUCAGCCUGGAGAAGAACCUUGUCCAAUAGAUCCAUGGCUUAUUGUUCCUGACAAGAGCAAGUACGUUGAUCAACAAACCUUGAAGUUGCAAGAAAAUCCCGAGGAUGUUCCUACCGGAGAGCUUCCUAGAAACCUGCUUCUCUCUGUUGAUCGACAUCUAGUUCAAACAGUGGUACCUGGCUCAAGAUUAACAAUUGUUGGAAUCUAUAGUAUUUUUCAGGCUUCCAACUCUUCUUCAUCUAACAAAGGAGCGGUUGCAGUUAGGCAGCCUUAUAUUAGGGUUGUAGGAAUAGAAGAUGCGAAUGAAUCCAAGUCUCGAGGUCCCACUGCGUUUACGACAGAAGAAAUUGAAGAGUUCAAAAAAUUUGCAUCUGAGCCUGAUGCAUAUAAAAAUAUAUGCUCGAAGAUUGCUCCGUCUAUAUUUGGGCAUGAAGAUGUCAAAAAGGCUGUGGCCUGUCUUCUAUUUGGAGGGUCAAGAAAGCAUUUGCCAGAUGGGGUGAGAUUAAGAGGUGAUAUCAAUGUGUUACUUCUUGGGGAUCCGUCUACAGCAAAGUCACAGUUUCUCAAGUUUGUUGAAAAGACUGCUCCUGUUGCUGUUUAUACUUCUGGAAAAGGCUCAUCUGCAGCUGGACUUACAGCUUCUGUAAUCCAAGAUAGCAGCACUCGUGAGUUUUAUCUUGAAGGAGGAGCCAUGGUCUUGGCUGAUGGGGGUGUUGUCUGCAUUGAUGAGUUUGACAAAAUGAGACCAGAAGAUAGGGUUGCCAUUCAUGAAGCCAUGGAACAGCAAACUAUAUCCAUAGCCAAAGCAGGAAUAACAACUGUUCUUAAUUCCAGGACUUCUGUUCUUGCUGCGGCCAACCCUCCAUCAGGGCGUUAUGAUGACCUUAAGACUGCACAGGACAAUAUUGAUUUACAGACAACUAUUCUUUCUAGGUUUGAUUUAAUCUUCAUAGUGAAAGAUAUCAGAAUGUACAGUCAAGAUAAGAUUAUAGCUAGUCAUAUCAUUAAAGUCCAUGCUUCAGCUAGUGCAACAAGGGGUGAGAAUAAGACAAUCAUUUCCAAAGAAGAAAAUUGGCUGAAGAGGUACUUAAAGUAUUGUCGAACUGAGUGCCACCCUCGUCUGUCGGAAUCUGCAGCAAAGUUACUGCAAAAUAAUUAUGUGAAAAUCAGACAGGAUAUGAGGCAACAAGCAAAUGAAACUGGAGCAGCUGCUGCAAUACCAAUUACUGUAAGGCAGCUGGAAGCUAUUGUAAGGUUGAGUGAGUCACUUGCAAAGAUGAAACUAUCUCAUCUUGCUACUGAAGAGAAUGUGCAAGAAGCCAUAAGGCUUUUCACUGUGUCUACGAUGGAUGCAGCUAAAUCAGGAAUAAACCAACAAAUAAAUCUCACACCUGAAAUGGCACAUGAUAUACAGCAAGCAGAAAUUCAGAUAAAGAGAAGAAUUGGAAUUGGGAACCACAUAUCAGAAAGAAGACUGAUUGAUGACCUCGGCAGAAUGGGGAUGAAUGACUCUAUUGUGAGAAGAGCCCUUCUAAUCAUGCACCAGAGAGAAGAAGUGGAGUACAAGCGAGAAAGGCGUGUUGUAUUUCGGAAAGCCUAA